AUGGUUGACCUUCACUCUCUGCCAUCCGGAUCGCGGCCAGAAAAAGCUGUUCGUAACAAUGGCCCAGAGGAUCUUGUUCUGGAGAGAUACAAGCUACGCGAGCUCGCAGAGGGCUGGCCUCUUUAUCGUGAUGCGUGCGAAUGGGAGAACUUGAAGUCCAUUUUUCAUCCCGACGCCUACGUGUACACCACCUGGACCGGUCGUACUCACUAUUUGGAUUUCAUUGCUGCCUCUCAAGCUGGAAUGGACAAGGGGGCCUUCAUCAUGCAUCGCUGCCACGGCAUCUCCACAGACAUAAACCGAGAAGUCACUCGAGCCGUCACCAAGAUGAAAGCCACCAUCACUCAGCGAUUUACCAUCGAUGGAUGUGACGUGGAUGCAGAAAGUGACUGCCGCUUCUGCUUUUUCUGGGUCAAGGUGCCUGAAUCGGGCGAAUGGCGGGCAAAAUAUGUUCGUCACUGGUAUGAGAAGGACAAACUCAUACCCGUCAACCCAGCCAAGGUGCCUAUAUUGGACGAAACCAGUCUCAACCAGUACCCGACCGGUUAUCGAUAUCUCGCCUAUUGUCAGGAGAAGACCAUGGGGAUCAAGGUUCUCCUCGACAUGCCAGGUCAUAGGAGAGAGAACAGGGUCGAAGGGGGCAGCAAGACCUGCGGAGAGAAGCAUGACCUUCUUUACUGGCAAUGUAAAGCCUGGCUUGAGGGAUCCGAUGUUGAAAUCUAA